UUUUGUAAAUUGCAAAUAGUGCAUGUGUAUAAAAGAUGCUGCAAGUCGAGGGAUCAUUCAAGUCAUCGACGAGAAAACAAUCAACAUGAACUGUCUGCCAUUCCUGUUCGCGCUGGUAGCUCUCAGCCAAGCCACACCUGUGCCAUUCCUGGGUAAUCUAUUGAACAUAGAUCUUAAUAUUCCACUUCUGAAUACACGUGUUAGCAUAGGCGGUAGUAAAAGACCACAAGGCAACGCCAACGCUGCCGGAAAUGUAGCUGGUGCAGUACAACAGCAAGCCAAUGCCGCCGGCAACGCUGCUGGAAAUGCAGCUGGUGCAGUACAACAGCAAGCCAAUGCCGCCGGCAACGCUGCCGGAAAUGUAGCUGGUGCAGUACAAGAGAAUGCCAAUGCCGCUGGCAACGCUGCUGGAAAUGUAGCUGGUGCAGUGCAAGACAAAGCCAAUGCCGUCGGUGAGGCCGCUGGAAAUGCAGCUGGUGCAGUACAAGAGAAUGCCAAUGCCGCUGGCAACGCUGCUGGAAAUGUAGCUGGUGCAGUGCAAGAAAACUCUAAUGCCGCCGUGCCCGAAGGUGCUCAGAUUGUCGCUCAAGCCAAUGUACCCGCUGCUGCCGGUGCUAAUGCCGGAGGCGCCGUUGGUAACGUCAGCCAGUAAAGCAUAGACGUUUCUUUAUAACCUUUGAAUUUGAAAGCACGGUUCAUGUUUUUUGUUUUAUGUCAAAUUUGAUUACAUUUCUUCAAAAUAUAAUUCAGUUGCAUCCA